AGCUGGGAAAGAGAGCCGCUGAGAGCAAACCCUGCCCAGAGGCAACUGUGCGAUUCCCCUGGCUUUUGCAAACCACACUCUGCAGCUUAGAAUUGCAACGUGGGGAAAGCCGCGGCAUCUGCCAGGCCAGCAUGAAGUCCCAGCAGGUAUCGCUGCUGAGCUGGGUAUCUCUGGUGUUCCUGGCUGCCUGCGUCCCGGCCCCCAAGCCUUCCAAAGUGAACCUGAAGACAUUCAUCGGCUGCGCUGUCCGGGAGUUUACCUUCCUGGCCAAGAAGCCUGGAUGCCGGCCGACACGCAUCACCACCGAUGCCUGCUGGGGGCGAUGUGAGACUUGGGAGAAACCGGUGCUGGAUCCUCCCUACAUCGAAGCACACCAUCGGCUCUGCACGUACAACGAGACCCAGCUGGUAACCGUGAAACUGCCGCACUGUGCAACCAAUGUCGAUCCUUUCUACACCUACCCCAAGGCCAUCCGCUGCGACUGUGGCGUGUGUCUCACUGCAACCACCGAAUGCGAGACUGUCUGAAUUCUCCAACCACUGGAGUGCAACCUCUUUGGAUGCAAAAUUCUGUCCAGGCAUAAACUGCAACACAGCAGCGAUGGGUUGGGUGGGGAAUGAAUCAGGGCAGAGCUGUUCAGCGCUGAAGCGGCUCUGCCGCACUGACUCAUAUAUUUAUAUUGAGCAGUGUAAAAUAAUGACUCAGCCAAUGAACGGUGAUCUGGGAAGGCCUGGGUUCAAAUCUUGCAUCUGCCAUGAAUUUGCAAUGUGGUCUUAGGGAAGCCACUUUCCCCUCAGCUUUGGCUGAACUGUGGAGAUAAUAAAUACUGCCUUGUGUUUAGAGGGAUUGUAAAGUGCAGCAAGGUAAAGUACAUAAAGCACUUUAAACACGGAAAGCGCUACAUAAAUAGCACUUCUUCUAACUGCUGUUCCGAGCUAUGCUGCCAAUGCUAUGCUGGGGAUUAUUAGGAAGGGAACUGAAAGCAAAUCAGCGAAUGUCAUAAUAAAAAUGUAAAGGUA